AAUUAAAUAAUGGGGCAUCUCAGCCGGUGCUCUACUUUAUGGACCCUGAAAGCAUGGAGUGGGAGAAGAAUGGAGGGGCAAAGCAAUUGGUACGGACGGUUGCCGCAAGGAAUUUUGGUUGUCUCUAAUUUCAAGCUAAUCAUUAUUCUAAAAGGCUUAUCUAAAACCAAUGGAGAAAGAAAUGAGGUACUUCCAUGAGGCCAGCCUCACAGAUCAAGAAGGCCGGUUAAGAACGAUGAGGAUUCCUGUGGUUCAAGAACUCGCCCGCAGCGGGAUCGACCACUUGCCGAAAAGGUUCACGAGGGUGCCUCCUACUGACCGGACCUCUUACACCUUAAACUUUCCACCGGUGAUAAACGUAGCCAGAUUAAAGGAAGGGUCGGAGGCAGAUGGCCGAGCCGCCGAGCUAGCCCGGCUAGCAAGUGGGGUGAAGGAGUGGGGUUUGGUUCUGGUAACGGAGCAUGGGAUAGGCAGUUCUGUUUUGCAUGGAGUUAGGGAUGCUGUGGAGGGAUUUUUUGGGUUGUCCUUUGAGGAGAAGAAAAGGUGUGUGGGAUCCUAUGCGAGUGUGGAUAAUUUGGGUUAUGGCCGGAAUUUUGUGAGGUCAGAUGAUCAACCGUUUGACUGGAUUGAUCGUUUGGCCAUGAAGGCGGCUCCUCCAGGUGCUGAUGGUGGACUGGAUGUUUGGCCGAGAAAACCACCCAAUUUCAGGGAACUCAUGCAAAAUUAUGUAUCAGAAGCAAGGAUUGUAUUGGAUGAAUUGCUCAAGGCCCUAGCAGAAGGUUUAUCUCUAGAAAAACAUUGCUUUGUCGAGAACUUUGAUCCCAUUCUUAGUGAGAUUAAUGUCAGAGUGAAUUACUAUCCGCCAUGUCCAGGUCCCGACAGAGCACUAGGACUAACCCCUCACUCCGAUGCCAGUAGCCUUACUCUGUUGAUGGAAUUUGGCGUUACGGCAGGGCUCCAAGUAUUGAAGAGCCAGGAAUGGGUCACUAUCCCUCGGCCGAAGGAUAGUCUAAUUGUGGUUGUGGGAGAUUUGUUAGAAAUCAUGAGCAAUGGGAGGGUCAAGAGCCCAUGGCAUAGGGCCGUGGCACAAUCUGAUGGGGAUAGGUUCUCGGUUGCCUUGUUCUAUAACCCAUCGCCUCAAACUCAGAUCAAGCCCAUUGAGAAUGCUCCUAAUAAAAGUAACGGCUACAGGAAGAUGAUAGUAGGGGAGUACUUGCAGCACUAUUAUAGGAACGCUCCUCAAAACGAGAAACGCGCAAUUUUGUACGCCAAGGAUUAAAGCUAUGUUUAUGAUGGUUUUUGCUACAUUAAUUGUAAUAUUUUUAUGAAUUCUUCAGGCCCUAAGUUGCAAGAGCAAACAAACUGUCAAAAAAGAUUUAAGAUAAUGUGCAUCCAAAUAAAAUCAUGAAAGUGUAAAAUGGAAAAAAAUAACGAAUUUCUGGGAAU